AUGGACUUCACUUGCGCCCACGUUUCCGUGAGCCGACAGACGGAUGACAGAAAGGACGUCCACCUCUCUGUUACUAGCAUCCUCAGUUCCUACAAAGUUACCCCAGCAAAAGGCUCCUGCCACUCCAUGCCACUGCAGACGCCCAUCAGCUCUGGCCUGGACGAGUGCAGCGGUUCGGUGUGGCCUCCAGACAUGCUCCUGCCCUGA